UUUUUUUUUUUUUUUCAGAGCAUUACAAGUGCUUACAUCUUAUCUUUAAUUAUCGUAGUCCUUCAUUAAUGAAACAUUUACUUCAACAUUAUUAUUACUUAAGUUCCAUUUAAUUCUCACGCACGCGUUAGCGACAAUAACAGACAAAUACCCCUUAUUCAUGAAAACAUCCUCUCCCUCUACACCUAUAUAUACCCUUCAACUUUAUCUUCUUUUCCCAUCAUUCCAACAGCAACAACAAUCCUAGGACACUCACUCACUUCUUCUUCAUCUCACUUGUAUUCAGUUUCUUGCUCCCUUUUUUUUUUCUUUACAUCUUAUUGUUCUUCAAUAUAAUUAACUACCAUGUAUCAAGCAGCAGAAUCAUCAUCUUGGGCUGGAAAUUACCACAAUGUACCAACCCGGCGAGGAUCAUCGUCCUCGUCGGACCCAUUGGAAAGGGUUGUGAGGCUGGCUUCAGGAAGUGCAGUGGUGAUAUUUAGCAUGAGCACAUGUUGCAUGUGCCAUGCAGUGAAGAGGCUUUUUUGUGGAAUGGGAGUGCACCCAACGGUGUACGAGUUGGACCAAGACCCUAAAGGCAAAGAAAUGGAAAGAGCACUUUCUAGGCUUCUUCGAAAUUCACCUGGUGUGCCGGUUGUAUUCAUUGGUGGAAAAUUAAUUGGAGCCAUGGAUAGAGUUAUGGCUUCUCAUAUUAAUGGUACUUUGGUUCCACUUCUCAAGGAAGCCGGUGCUCUUUGGCUUUAAUUAAG